AUUUGGUAUCCCCACAUCAAUGAUGCGGUAACUUACCAUUCAUUUAUACCAUAAGUAACGCUUAUGAAAUGGCCAAAAAAGGAGUCCUUUUUGAUUCAUGAUAAGUGUUUAUCCAUUUUGAAAAAUUUAACACCCACCUUUCUAAAUAUAGUACAACAAAACCCCAUAUUAAUUCUCUGUUCACUGAGCUAUCUAUUUUUCUUAAUGGCAUCUGUGGGUCUUCUUUAGCUGUUGGUGGAAUGUGAAUGUUGCAUCGAGGGAUUGACGUUCUGGUGAGUUCGGAGUCCCUUUCACUUGAACACUAUAUCAAAUUUCUUGGGAACUCUUUUAUUGGAAGCAGCAUUGUGUGCAAUAUUCAAAGAGAAUUAUGACGAUGAAUGGUGGAGGCAGAAUGCUGCACAUAGUCAUGUAUCCUUGGUUUGCAAUGGGUCAUCUAACUGCUUUCCUUCACGCUUCCAACAAACUCGCAGCGAAAGGCCAUAAAGUUUCUUUUAUAAUACCCACCAAAACACAAUCCAAACUCAACUCGUUCAACCUUCAUCCGAACCUCAUCAGUUUCAUUCCCUUAAAUGUCCCAUGCAUUGAUGGCCUCCCAUCUGAUGCAGAAACCACUGCAGACGUUACAUACCCUUUGCAAACUCACCUUAUGACAGCCAUGGAUCAUACUGAGACCACCGUUGAAUCCAUCUUACUUGACCUUAAACCUGACUUCGUUUUCUUUGAUUUUACUCAUUGGAUCCCAGCCCUAGCUCGUCGACUUGGUAUCAAAUCUAUCCAUUACUGCACAGCCAGUCCAGCAAGUAUAGCUUACACAUUGUCCCCAGAACGAGGGCAUGAAUCCACACCGAACCUGGAAGUUCCGCCUUUGGGCUUCCCACCCUCGGCUGUGAAGCUCCGCUCUUACGAAGCUAACGCAAGUGCUUCCUUUCGGAAGAAAGAGUUUGGUAGCGGUGUGUCGUUCCACGAUCGUAUGAUGGCAUCAUUUAGCGAUUGUGAGGCCAUGGCUUUCAAAGCUUGUAAGGAGAUGGAAGGACCCUUUUGUGACUAUCUAGAAAGACAAUUCAGAAAACCCGUUCUUCUAGCUGGACCUUUAAUUCCCGAAACACCCACUUCCACUUUAGAUGAGAAGUGGGACAAGUGGUUAGGUGGAUUCAAGAAAGGAUCAGUUGUCUAUUGUGCACUUGGAAGUCAAUCGGACUUGAAUAAACAUCAGUUCCUGGAAGUGGUUUUGGGUUUGGAACUUACUGGCUUACCGUUUCUGGCUGCACUGAAACCACCAACCGGAAAUAAUUCAGUCGAGGAAGCGCUUCCAGAAGGGUUUACAGACAGAGUUAAAGGGAGAGGAAUUGUUGAGGGGAGAUGGAUUCAGCAGCAACUGAUACUGAGUCACCCUUCCGUCGGUUGUUUUGUAACCCAUUGUGGAUCAGGCUCGAUAACGGAGGCAUUGGUUAAUGACUGCCAGAUUGUAUUAUUUCCACAGUUCGGCGACCAAAUAAUGAACGCGAGGUUGAUGGCAGGGGAUUUAAAAGUUGGAGUUGAGAUUGAGAGAGGAGAGGAAGAUGGUUGGUUUACCAAAGACAGUAUCUGCAAUUCUAUCAAGUUAGUGAUGGAUGAAAAUGGCGAAGUUUCUAACGAAGUUAGACUCCAACAUGCUAAAUGGAAAGAGUUUUUGCUAAAAGAAAAUCUUGAAUCCUCUUACACAGAUGAAUUCAUCACCAAGCUUAAAGAUCUGCUACAGUGACUGUCAGUGAGUGAGUUCUCACAAGUCGUAACAGAUGAUUCCUAGUAUUAUAUUAGUACCGUCUUUGUGAUUCUGUGUUUUAUUAACUUUGUUGAAUCAAUAACAAGUGAACAAACAUGUUCAUUUCCAUGAAAACGUGUUUGUAAGUGAAAUAGAGCCGUGAAACUUUCUUCUACUUUUAAGUUCUUUCAUUCGUUGUAUGUGUGUACUACCUCAGUGUAACGUUAUCCUUGUGAUGCUCUUUCACAAUCUCCAACAUACACUACGAGGUUAUAGAAAGGGAGCAAUUGUGCCUCUAUCUUCUUAGGUGUUGUCUCUUAGGCUCUUAGCUAACAGAUUUCCGAGGAGUAUGAUUUCAUAUCUGUGUUUGGAAAUGACAAUAACGAGGAAUGUAAUUUUCCUAGUUUCU